GUAAAGUUCACGUUUUUGUGAAAGAGGUUCACAUCAGCGGGUAAACUUUUAAAGACAUGCAGAAGUGGCCCAAAGCAACAACUUCCUCUCAACAGAUCAUAAAGAAGCUGAUGUAUAAUUUAGCAGAGAGGAAUAUCCUCUUCAGUGAUUUGGACAGCCGACUCUUUAAGAACUUCGCUACCAUAUCACCCUUGGAAUUAACAUUCAUGAGUAACCUUUUCUUUAAAACUGUAUAUGUUUGUUCAGUAUGUUGCUUGAAUUUCAAAUUGUUCUCAUUAAAUGUAGAUGAAUAUCCAUUCCAUAUGAGUAUUUGUCGAAGUAUGUCCAAAUCAUUAAAAACUGAGUCAUUUAUGCAGAUCUCUGUUAUGAUGGAUAGUGAGCUAGCAGUAGAAUCCAAAAUGCGCAUUUCACUCUAUUUAGGACUCGUCAGUUGGAUGUACCUACUUCCCAGUGAAGGUUGUUCCCACCAGGAUUCGAACUCGGGACCGAUUGCUUCAAACUCUUGAGUCCCAAGUUCAAAUCCCAGUGGGAAG